AUGGCCCCGAAAGAGCCCUACAAAGUUCAUUCGCUUAGCAAGCACAUUGAAGAGACUACAAAGGGCUUGAACGCCAACGCCCGCAGCAAGAAAGCCUCCGCCAAAGCUUCGAUCAAGAAGCCCGCCACCGCUUCUGCUACCAGCUUCUUCCUAAACAACAACAGCGAAUCCGAUAGCAGCAGCAGCAGCUCGGAUGAUAGCGACUCGGACGGCCCCAGGUUCGUGAAGGCGCUGGAAAAGCCGAAGGCGUCGAAGCGCCGCAGCAAGGACGAUGAGAUUGCAGAUAGCGACGUCGAGCGAACUUCUGCCGCGAACAAAUCGAAGCCGGCCAAGAAGGCUGCUGCGCCCGCCAAGGCCAAAGCUGCAUCUUCCUCGGAUGACACCUCGAGUGAUGCGGACUCAGAGAGUAGUGACGAGGAAGUGAGCACCAAGGGAGCUGCUCUCAAGUCCAAGGCUUCGACAAGUGCGAGUAGCCCCACUAGCAGCAGCGGCUCAGAUUCAGAUUCUGGUUCUAGCUCCAGCUCUGAGGCUCCUUCUAGCGACGACGACGCUGAAAGCGAGAGCGAAAGUGAAGCCGCUCCUACAAAGCCUGUUGCUGGCGUGAAAGGGCCGGCUGGCAAGCCCGCCCGCGCCAAGGAGCCCGAAUCUGGCAGCGACGACUCUAGCCCUGAGGACAGUGAGUCUGAGAGCGAAGGAUCGUCGCAGCCGGCUGCUAAGCCUACUAGCAAGCCUGUUGUUAACGGUGCCAAGGUCACAUGGAAGGCUGCAAAUGCAACGGAAAGCGACGACGAAAGCGACGACUCGAAUGAAAAGGAAUCCAAUAAUGGAGCACAGAGUGGUACUGAGUCCAGCGACGACGAGGAAGCCGACGAGUCUAUGCAAAUUGCAGAGCGUGCGCAGGCUAGCCAGGUUGCGCUUCCUCAACUCUUGCCUCCGGAUUUCGAGCUGCGCAAAAGUGACCAACAGAGCAAUGGCCAGGACGUAGCUCGCGUUUGCAGUGAGGCUAAUCUUGAGGGCAAGCAAUUGUGGUACUUUACUCUACCCGCCAACGUCCCUGUGUCUGUUGUUGAGAAUCUGGAAUUUCCCAUGGAUGCGUCGCAGCAAGGUGGCAGCAUUCUGUCUCACAGCGGUGAGGAUUAUGGCAUCUCUUUCGACAGCACGCCUCCGGUCAAGUCGAUUCAGAUUUUAAUCCCUUCUGCUGAUGGCUCUACAUACCAGCCAUCUCGCCACAAGAUCGAUGAAGUCAUGCAAAUUCGGCGCAUCACUCAAAUCGGAGCCACAACAGCCACACCGGCGUCUGUCGGAUCUACAACGAAGGUUGCCCGCCCGCAGCCCAAAGGCCUCAAGGCACGAUUCCAGCCGCUUGGUGUCAGCAGCGACAUGGGAACAUUGGGCCUCGACACUGAUGAUGAGGAUGAUGUGGAGAUGCAAGAUGCGCCAGCUACUGGAUCUACACCCAAGGCUUCUCAAAAGACAGGCAAAAGUACUAAGGACUCUGCGGACCCCAAGCAAAGUGCUAGUAAGAGCAAGAAGAGCAAGAGAAAGCACAGCAUCUCUGACGACGAGGAUGCCGCCGCUGCUGAGCAGCUGAUGGAAGAGAGCGUUUCCGCGGUGACCAAGUCGAAGAAGCAGAAGACUGCUUCUCGUGGCAGCCCUGAUCUGGGAUCUGAGCCCGCACUUCCGGCACUCAGACAGACUUUCGUCGCGCCGCCUCCUAUUCCUGGCUCUUCGGCUACGGCUGAUGCUGCAUCCACGCCAGCCAAGAAGGCCAAGAAGACCAAGACCAGCAAAUCCGUGACAAAGCCAGCCACGCCUCUUCCCAGCUCGCAGGUAUCCGGCAAUAGCAAGAAGGAGACGCCAAUUCCCGUGCCUUCGAUCCCUAGCUUGCUCAAGUCUGCGUCGUCAGCUGGCACGCCUGCUGAGAAGAAGACAAAGAAGAACAGGACGAAAGCUGUUGCGACUGGUAGCCCCGCCUAG